AUGAACUCUUUCAACAUGUCAAGCAUCACUGCUUCCGGCCUUCUGGGACCCGUCGCCGCCCUCAAUGGCUGGACCUUGGUCAUGGAAGUUUGGAUGUACGCUGUGACUAUCCCGGCCUAUAACCGAAUCAAACCUACGGGCCAGACCACCAAGAGCCAGAUAGAUGCGCAGCUGCCUCCCGCUGCGCGCUGGAAGAGAGAUAACUAUAACCAUCUUCUCGAGCAACCAACCCAAUUCUACGCGAUUGCACUGGCGCUGGCGAUUGCCCGUGGUGGCAAGAUUGAUGGAACCGACUCUAUUCUUGCCUGGACUUAUGUUGGCACGCGCAUUUUGCAUAGCUUGGUCCAAUCCAUCACGAACACUAUGAUGGUGCGCUUCGCGCUUUUCGGAUUCUCGUCGAGCAUUUUGGCGGUUAUGACUGCUAGACUUGCCAUGCUUGUUUUCUAA